CACUUAUCGUUCCUCGCGCUCCUUUCACGCGUUUCGAUCGUUUUGUUGUUCGGUUAUUGCUCGAUGUUCUUUAAUUAAUCAAACAUUUGCGUUGCGUCACUUCGUGACAGUACGCGACAGUGUAUUUGUGAUACAAUUUUCCUGACAGCGCAGCGCUUUUGCAAUGAUCCCUUCGCAAAGUAUGACAAUAGGUAACCGCGUCGGCCAUUACUUGCGACUUCGUUUUUCGCGUUCAAGCAUUUCUCGGAUCGACCUUUCGUAGAAAUCGGCCUCGGCGAUUCGAGAAGUAAAAAUAUAAUAAAAUAUGCAGAAUACGGAUUGUUCGAUCGAUGAGGAAAUCACAUGUGGAUGCCAAAAAUGAUUAUCCUGCAAUUGAAUCCUUCACAUCCAUUGUUCGUUGAGGUUCUUGUUUGGGUCAAUGUGAUUGUUACUGCAGAUGUGGCAAAAAACGAGAAAGAAACUACGUUUUCCUGAUUGUUGCAUCGAGAGAAAGAAACCGGCUGUUCAACGAUCUCAUAAAAGGAUUGGAUACAACGUAGGAGCAGCAUCGCGUUUCACGGCGUAACGCAGCCGAUGGUCACCACAUCCGAGCCGUCGGGAAAUUGUUGCAGUAUCGACAAGAACAACGAGGAAGAGUCGAAGAAGACGGACAAGAAAGCGAGAACCGUACAUCGCGACUCAAAUUUUGACUCUAGAGAUAAGUCAAUAUUUUGGAGCUGCUGCAGACACAGUGGAUCCGCGCGACCAGAUUACAAUUACAAUAGAAUUCCUCUAGAGAGCGGACGAUAUCCCUCCCAAUACGGCGACCGACACCCCGUCGACAGACACGGAUGGCAAAGCCGACCUUCGAGUUCCUCCGGAAGUAGCGGAAGACCUGGGGGAGGAGGAGGAGGAGGAGGCGGAGGCGGAGGCGGAAACGGAGUCUACGCAGGAAGUCAGUCGGGAGACAGAUACAUACCGCGUCCGGUGCACCCAAGUGAAACUGCGAACAGACCCAGCACUCUGGGAUACGGCUCAGGAAACGGUGGAGGAUAUAGUUAUGGCGUUAGUGGUUACGGGGGUUACGGCAGACCGACUGGACAUGGAAGUGGCUAUGGGAUUUCGGGAACACUGGCCGACAAUGACGAAUUCGGACCCGGAGAAAGCCCGGCUUAUCCGGAUGGAAGCGUGCCGCAGCUCCCCGCGGGAAAUAUUCAAGCGCAAAAGGCCGUAGCAUUGAAAGCUCUAGCUGGUGUCGCACUAAUCGGAGCAGCAGCGGCGUUAGCUUCAAAUCCGGUACUUCUGCCGAUUGGUAUCGUGACCGGACGGAAAAAGAGAUCGGAAACUUUCUCGGAGGAAGUGCAGACCACUGACGGUCAGAUGGAUUACAUUAUCGCUAUGUUAAGACAAAAUUUAGCCAAGAUACAAAAAGAUGGUUCCACUAACAGAUUGGUUGUCUCUCCGAGAUGCGUUGCUAGACUGACAUGUGAAAUUCAAAAGGAUUAUUUAACCGAUGUCGGCAAAGAUGUCGAACUGUUAAAUACAGAUCGAAAAUAUCAUCUUACCAAUUUAAUACAGAAAAACGUGUUGAGCACCAAUUCCGUGAGUGCAAAUGUAAAAAACUUAAUAAAAGUGGCUGUUCGCGUUGCAAUGGAGAACAGAAGCUGCAAUGUGUUCGCUUGUAAUUACAUAAGAAAGAUAUAAAUGAAUAUUUCUUUAAUUAUAAACAUGUAACGUUUAUCACUGUUU